AUGAGAAUUAACGGAGGAGCCGAUUUCAUGACCGUUUGCCCACAAUUUAAGUUCCUUCUACCCUCUACUCGCGUGGCGAUUUUCGUUGCUGUUGUUCGGUCGGUUUGCUUAGGAAUCGGUGGCACAAAAUUCAUAUCUUUCGAGGACCGCCACUGGCACAACGACUGCUUCAUAUGUGCGCAAUGCGAGACUUCGCUGGUCGGCCAGGGUUUCAUCACCGACGGAACGGACAUUCUAUGUCCGGACUGCGCGAAAGCUAGGCUGACGGCGCAGAACGCUUGA